AUCCCCCUUUGUCAUGUGGUUGUCAUUUUCUUUUAGAAAUGCCAAUAGGUGUCGUAACACUGUCAUCAUGCACUAAAUACUUAAUUGGUGCCUACUUAAUUACCUUGCAUUAAAAAAGACAGCAUAUAUGAAGUCCACAAGUCUGAGUAUUAUUAUACUGCUGUAUGGUACUCAGUUUAACAGUCCUAUUACUGAAAAGGGGGUUUGAUUCAUCUUCCUACUAGACAUAUGAGGUGGUUUAAUUAUGUACUUCAGAGAUGUUCACAUGCAAUGGAAUGGGAGUUUGUUUUAAUAGGUCAGUCUAUGGGUUGUGGUACCGCUGCUUGCUCAUUUACUAGAACUUCAGGGGCCUGAUUUUCUAAGCAAGGUGAAUUAGCGUGAGGGUACAAUAAAAAAAAAGGCCAAUGGGAGUGGUCAGUUCUGCCGGUGACCUACUAAAAAUGUACAAAUUAAUGAACACAGAUGCUUUCAUUUCAUUUAAGUAAUGACCCACCCAAUCGACCAAAGGCAGUGUAAAAUAAGGCAUGCUUUUUUUGGCAUUAAAUAAUAAAUCAAUUUGGGGUAAAUUGCCGAACCACAAACCUUAGUUAAUUAUGUUUGCUUGAUUAAUUUAAAAACUCUCCUCCCUCAAAUAUUGCGAUUUGAAAGGGAACUUCUUUCAUGCCUUUGCAUUGCAAAUUUUUCACUGUGCAUCUUUAGUAAAUCUCGACAAUACUGUUUUAACGCAUUCCAACCAAGAGCUGUGGUGGGAGGUUCUUAUAUUGGGUGUUUGUUUCUUGUGGUACAUACUCGUGGUCUCCAGCAGACUGCUGGAGUGGGUAGUCAUCUGGCUGCACACUUCCAGGGUUGUGGUUCAGUUGGUUCACCUCCUGCUCUGCUUGUGGAGUUUGCAUGUUCUUCCUUCCCGAAAUCCAAAGACAUGCCGUUUAGGUGAAUCGGUGUCCCUAAAUUUCUUGUAGUGUGUGAGUCAUAUAAUGGUUAUACUUGGGUCACAGGAUUUUUAAAUCAGGAUGUCUGGCUGCCCUAAAUGUAUACAUAUUUGGUGGACAAUACAAAGAGCAAAUAUGGGAAGGCAAGUGACCCCGGUUUAUGUUGACUAGACCAACCCGUAACGUUUAGUGAUCAACUCCUGUGUUUCUGGGAAUGAAGUGAGAAUAUAUCCAAAAAGGUCACACCCUGUGAAGGUGGGGCUGUGCUGUAACGGGACACGUCAUACUGAUACCCCACACCCCCCAGCACUUCCACAAUGGCAUCUAUUGAAAAGCUUCUCUCUUUUUACUAAUCGCCAGCUGAUAUUUCUGCAUCCCAUAUAGUCACAGUAGCUUAUGUCAACAGUCCUGCUCUCACAAUAAAAUAUUUUGCAUUUAUACAUUUAGAAUUCAAUUUGCCAUUUAUAAAUUUGAAAUUGGACCAAAGCUAGUGUUCAUGAGUACCAAUGUGUUUGCGUGUCUUUUUCUUCCACAUGGGCUAGUCUUACUCCCGCUGGUCUCAGGCUCUCUUCUGUAUGUUCACGGGCCUGUGGUCUAAACUGCGUUAGACGUCGGCCUUUGACUCUCCAUGGAACAUAACAAAGGUGAAAAGGUAUUUAAACAAGCCUUUUUCUUACAUUGUAAUAAUAUUACCCCUUGACUGCUUAUUAGCCCUUUUUCCUUUGAAUUUGGAUGAGUGAAGCUGUACGGUUUUAUAAGUGAGGUCUUGCUAGUGCUUUUUAAUCAUGGCAUGAUUUCUUUAGAAUAUAUAUCCAGAACUGCCUCACAGACAUAAAUGUAUCUAUUUAAAACAGAUGCUAUCAUCUGUGCCUCCUUAUAGUAAUUGCAGUGUAUCCUCUUCUUACUAACUAGCCCUUAGAGGAGUGCAUGUGAGUGAGACCACCCUCAUGAAGGUGUGCUCAUGUGCACAUGAGCACACUUGCUCACGCGUGCCUUCGCACACGCAUUCCAGCACCUGCCCACCUGUCCUCCUUCCCCCAGUGCUCCCUCCCCCAGCUCCUGCUUCACUGCUUGGAAGAAUGCACCGAGGUGGAGCUGAAGCACUUCAAGUGGCAUCUCGUCCAACUCAAGCUGGACGACUUCGCUCCCAUUUCCAGGAGUCGCCUGGAGAAGAUGGACAUGCUGGACCUGGUUGAUAGGAUGUUGAUGACUUACUGCCCGGAGGGGGCUGUGAAGGUGGUGCUACACGUCCUGAGGAACAUGCAGCAGAAUGAGCUGGUCCGCAGGCUUGAGAGGGACUCAUCACUACUCCUCUGCCAGCGUUGCCCAGACCAGAGCAUGGAGUCGGGGGAUUGUAGUAGUGACUCGGAGGACAGUGUCUACCUGGAUGCAGAGGAAGGAAACUCUGUUUCGGAAGUAGCGCGGGGGCAAGGUGUUUCUGAGGAGAGGGAGGAGCAGGGUCCUGUCACUGCCACGAGUCUCUCUGAGGAGCAGAAGGAGGAUAUCUGUACAAAACAUGAGGAGGGGGGGUGUGCUGCCUCCCAGACCAGUAUCUCUGAGCUGAGGGAGCAAGGUGCUCCUGCUGAGAAAGAAGCAGAGAGGCUCCUUAUUGUCACAAGUGAAUGUGGGAAACAAGAAGAGGAUCUUCUCCAACAGGAGGAGGCGGAGAGACCUACCUUGAUCACAAAUCACUCUGCGGUGCAGAAGGAGGGUCUUUCUACUGAGAAUGAAGCAGAGUGUCUCAUACCAGUCACAAGGGAGUGUGGGAAACCAGAGGAGGGAGGUGCUACCUCUGCCUCCCAUAGUGCAAGCUGUGGUGCCUCAUCAGAAGGAUUGGGGGGUGCUGGACCUGGACAGCAUGAUCCCUCUGAGGCAGGUGGGGUCGUCAUUCUUCAGAAUGAGAGCGCCCACAGCUCAGGGAAGCCGAGGACAGCUUUAGAGCUGCUGGCCGUGGAUCUCACAUUCAAGAUGGUGAAUCAAACUCUGCAGAAGCUGGUGUACAAGGAGCUGGAACGCUUCAAGAAGCGCAUGUUUCGCAAUUACCCAGAACUCUUUGAGCAGCAGCAGGACCAAAAUGUACAAGAUUUUGUUAAGACAUUAAUGCAGGGUACAAACAAGCAUGAGGCUCUCAAUAUCAUCCUGCAGAACUUGAGGGCCAUCGACCAGGAAGAGCUUGCCAAUUCCCUGGAGAAGGAGGCUGCUCUCCAAAAAUUCCAAGACGAGCUUCUGUUUAAGCUGAAAAGAGAAUUCAGACGUAUCUUUUAAGGGAGAACAUCAGAAGGCACUCAUCUUGAAACCUUGCUAUGGUACAGCGUGCUCUAGCCUCACAACACCAACUGAGGCAAACAGACACAGAGCCCCUGUAAGUGAAACUACAUGGCAGUCCAUUCUCUAGUAAUCCAGCUUCACUAGGAAGAACUCAAUCAUGCACUGAAUCAAGUUGUGGGGUUUAAAGAUAACAAUUUCAUUUUCAAUGAAAUAAUUGUGAAUAUUUUUGAUUAAUAAAUAUCAAAUACUGUAAGCUUAUUUAAAGGCAUUGAUACUGCAAUUUCUUUCCCACAAGAUACUACAUUUAAAUGAUACAAUGUGAAUGUAAAUAAAUCAAUUUUAUAUUAUUAAAGUAAGAAAAAUUAAUAAUUAAGUUUACACACCAGUCCCAAGUCUCACACGCUAAGCAGCUGGUUGUGUGUCAGUGUUAUCGAUGUGCCAAUUGCUUGGUAAUUUGUCUAGAUUUUUUUUUUUUUAAAAAGUAUGCCACCCUUUGUAUCUUUCUGUCAUGUCUAUAGUGCAAAGAAGGAGAUGUGUGAAUACUGCUCAUAAUAAAAUCCGUUAAUAAAUUGGG